AUUGGGUCCGUCCUCUAAUGUAGACCUGACUCACCAGCUGCGCAGAGCCUGCUCACGCUGUCGUGUGUCUGUGGCAUGGGCUGGUCCAUUUCUUCGUCAUCCAAGGGGGAGAAACCUACCGCGUUGAUGGAAGCAUAAUUUAUUCAAAUUUGGCCUCUUACGACUAUUUCCAGAAUCACGACCAUCCUGGCUUUUCUCUAGUCAUUUGUAAAAAAAAAAAGAAAGAAAAGAAGAUACUUUCGUUACCAAUGUGAAACCUACAAUAAAAUCCUACCAAAGUGACUGUGAUAGUGUGUCUUGUCGUUCAGUCUUGUUUGGAGGAGUGUAUUAAGUGUCGUAUUUAUCAUCGGAUCUUUCCCUUGCGUCUGUACGGUAGAGAUUACAAAGAUCGAUAGUUCUAGACAGUGCCAUCAUGGUGGAAUUCUGAAAGUCUGUGGUAACCGUCUGUUGUGAGAUCAUCUUCCCAUAGUUGCUCAUUAGUUUUUGUUUGUGCUGGUGGAACUCCUCUCCAAGCGGCCGUUCUUAUGGUUGUUAAAACAAUGGAUACCGAGGCGUCGAAAAAUUACAGGAAGUAAGUAUGAUUUCAUAGGUCCUUGGAGAUUGAUAUCACCGGCACUAAGGCAGCCUUUGUAUUCAUUUCGCUUGUACUUAGAGAAUCCAUAUAUUUAUAUCACCAGCCAUUAGAGAAUCCAUGUAUUUAUAUCACCAGCCCUUAGAGAAUCCAUGUAUACAUAUCACCAGCCAUUAGAGAAUCCAUGUAUUCAUAUCACCAGCCCUUAGAGAAUCCAUGUAUACAUAUCACCAGCCAUUAGAGAAUCCAUGUAUUCAUAUCACCAGCCAUUAGAGAAUCCAUGUAUUUAUAUCACCAGCCAUUAGAGAAUCCAUGUAUUUAUAUCACCAGCCAUUAGAGAAUCCAUGUAUACAUAUCACCAGCCCUUAGAGAAUCCAUGUAUUCAUAUCACCAGCCAUUAGAGAAUCCAUGUAUUUAUAUCACCAGCCAUUAGAGAAUCCAUGUAUUUAUAUCACCAGCCAUUAGAGAAUCCAUGUAUUUAUAUCACCAGCCAUUAGAGAAUCCAUGUAUUCAUAUCACCAGCCAUUAGAGAAUCCAUAUAUUCAUAUCACCAUCCAUUAGAGAAUCCAUGUAUUUAUAUCACCAGCCAUUAGAGAAUCCAUGUAUUUAUAUCACCAGCCAUUAGAGAAUCCAUGUAUUUAUAUCACCAGCCCUUAGAGAAUCCAUGUAUACAUAUCACCAGCCAUUAGAGAAUCCAUGUAUUCAUAUCACCUGCCAUUAGAGAAUCCAUGUAUUCAUAUCACCAGCCAUUAGAGAAUCCAUGUAUUUAUAUCACCAGCCCUUAGAUAAUCCAUGUAUUUAUAUCACCAGCCCUUAGAGAAUCCAUGUAUACAUAUCACCAGCCCUUAGAGAAUCCAUGUAUUUAUAUCACCAGCCCUUAGAGAAUCCAUGUAUUUAUAUCACCAGCCAUUAGAGAAUCCAUGUAUUUAUAUCACCAGCCAUUAGAGAAUCCAUGUAUUUAUAUCACCAGCCAUUAGAGAAUCCAUGUAUUUAUAUCACCAGCCAUUAGAGAAUCCAUGUAUUCAUAUCACCAGCCAUUAGAGAAUCCAUGUAUUUAUAUCACCAGCCAUUAGAGAAUCCAUGUAUUUAUAUCACCAGCCAUUAGAGAAUCCAUGUAUUUAUAUCACCAGCCAUUAGAGAAUCCAUGUAUUUAUAUCACCAGCCAUUAGAGAAUCCAUGUAUUCAUAUCACCAGCCAUUAGAGAAUCCAUGUAUUCAUAUCACCAGCCAUUAGAGAAUCCAUGUAUUCAUAUCACCAGCCAUUAGAGAAUCCAUGUAUACAUAUCACCAGCCAUUAGAGAAUCCAUGUAUUCAUAUCACCAGCAAUUAGAGAAUCCAUGUAUUCAUAUCACCAGCCAUUAGAGAAUCCAUGUAUACAUAUCACCAGCUAUUAGAGAAUCCAUGAAUACAUAUCACCAGCUAUUAGAGAAUCCAUGAAUACAUAUCACCAGCCAUUAGAGAGUCCAUGUAUUCAUAUCACCAGCCAUUAGAGAAUCCAUGUAUACAUAUCACCAGCCAUUAGAGAAUCCAUGUAUACAUAUCACCAGCCAUUAGAGAAUCCAUGUAUUCAUAUCACCAGCCAUUAGAGAAUCCAUGUAUUCAUAAGACCAGCCAUUAGAGAAUCCAUGUAUACAUAUCACCAGCCAUUAGAGAAUCCAUGUAUACAUAUCACCAGCCAUUAGAGAAUCCACGUAUACAUAUCACCAGCCAUUAGAGAAUCCAUGUAUACAUAUCACCAGCCAUUAGAGAAUCCAUGUAUUCAUAUCACCAGCCAUUAGACAAUCCAUGUAUACAUAUCACCAGACAUUAAAGAAUCCAUGUAUACAUAUCACCAGCCAUUAGAGAAUCCAUGUAUACAUAUCACCAGCCAUUAGAGAAUCCACGUAUACAUAUCACCAGCCAUUAGAGAAUCCAUGUAUUCAUAUCACCAGCCAUUAGAGAAUCCAUGUAUACAUAUCACCAGCCAUUAGAGAAUCCAUGUAUUCAUAUCACCAGCCAUUAGAGAAUCCAUGUAUUCAUAUCACCAGCCAUUAGAGAAUCCAUGUAUUCAUAUCACCAGCCAUUAGAGAAUCCAUGUAUACAUAUCACCAGCCAUUAGAGAAUCCAUGUAUUCAUGUCACCAGCCAUUAGAGAAUCCAUGUAUUCAUAUCACCAGCCAUAAGAGAAUCCAUGUAUUCAUAUCACCAGCCAUUAGAGAAUCCAUGUAUUCAUAUCACCAGCCAUUAGAGAGUUCAUGUAUUCAUAUCACCAGCCAUUAGAGAAUCCAUGUAUUCAUAUCACCAGCCAUUAGAGAAUCCAUGUAUACAUAUCACAAGCCAUUAGAGAAUCCACAUAUACAUAUCACCAGCCAUUAGAGAAUCCAUGUAUUCAUAUCACCAGCCAUUAGAGAAUCCAUGUAUUCAGAUCACCAUCACUUAGAAUCCAUGUAUUCAGAUCACCAUCACUUAAAGAAUUCAAUCAGAAUUUGUUCACCAAAUGUACUUUUGUUAGUUCCGUACCCAAGAUUCAGGUGUAGUUCUCGCUUGUAGAGGUUUGACUGUGACCGUUUGGUAUGAGUUGGAUGCUUCUCUUUCCCACUAAGUGGUCUUAGAAAGUUUUUGGAGUGGCUUGUGGGUUUUUGGCAAUUUUUGUAUGUAGUGGUCUCGUGUUAAAGUCAUUAAUAUGUCAUCUUUAAGAAAGUCAAUAGUAACACAUUCAAUUGUUACUUUGGUAACAUUUUGUGUCACUUGGAACAGUUUGAGCUUGCAAAUGGUAAGAAUGACUCUGACUGAGAUUUGACGCUAUUGUCUUAUCUAGAAUAGAAUGUUUAUUUCCAUGUGAAUAAACUUUGGAACUAUAUAUUGGAAAUUGGAAACUUAUGGACUUGAGAGUCUUUUGACUUUAAUGAAAUGUGUUUGGUAACUUAGAAUAGGACCCUUUGAAAUGUAGGGUAGGGACACCUAAUAUAUAUCACACUUUAAUACACCUGUAAUCCUUUUCAAAACCCUUGAAAAUUACUUUGGAAUUUCUGGCUCAGUUUUGGCUUGGUUUAGGUCCUACCUCUCUGAUAGAUCGCAGGCGGUCUCUGUCGAUGGCUGUCUCUCAGGCAGUGCUGAUUUGGUGUACGGAGUACCCCAGGGGUCCGUUUUAGGCCCGAUUCUAUUCACAUUGUAUACCAGACCACUGCUCCUCUUGCUUGGGAGGCAUGCUGUUGAGAGCCAGUCAUUUGCAGAUGACACGCAGCUAUACAAGCACACCCAUCCUUCUCUUGUUGGAUCCGCUGUCCAGACUUUGCGGGGGUGCAUUGAUGAUGUCAAGUCAUGGAUGACACUCAGCAAAUUGAAGCUUAAUGAUGACAAAACGGAAGCACUGCUCAUCCACAAUAACACAUCAUCCUCUACCUCAACUCUUCCUAACUCAUUUCAAGUAGGUAACUCUGACGUUCGGUUUACCCCCUCUGCUAGGAAUCUUGGUUAUAUUCUUUCUAACAACAUGUCUCUCGAUAAACACAUAUCUCACAUUUGUCGUUCAGCAUACACCGCCAUCCGUCAGAUCAGCUCCAUACGCCACUACCUCACAGUUAGCGCUACAAAAACUCUAGUCUGUGCUCUUGUUCUCUCUCGUCUUGACUAUUGAAACUCUCUUCUGUCAGGUUCACCAAAACACUGCAUAGAAAAACUGCAAAAAGUUCAAAACUCAGCUGCUAGGCUAGUUUUAAAGGCAAAAAAACGUGAUCACGUCACUCCACUACUCCAUUCCCUUCAUUGGCUACCUAUACAGGCACGCAUCGACUACAAGUUGUCUGUUCUUAGAUUCCUUCCCUUCAUAUCUAACCGAACUUCUUUCUGUCUAUUCACCCCUUCGACAGCUUCGCUCCUCUGCAGACACGCGUAUUCUGUCCGUUCCCAAGACACACACUAAAACAUAUGGUGAAUUAUCUUUCUCUUUCUGCUCCCCCAAACAAUGGAAUUCUUUGCCACUACACAUACGCAAUAUACCAACCACCCAGGCCUUCAAAACUGCACUAAAAACAUAUCUUUUUAAAUUAUACUACCCUGACUGAUUCCCCUCCUCUGACCGAUAAAUGAUCUUGCUGGCUGCCGUCCAUGGUUUGUCGUGUAAAAGUUAUGUGGUGGGGUGGGUGAAUAUACAUUGCUGUUCUUUUUUUUCAUAAAUGUAUUUUAUUUUAAUGUCAUAAUUAUGUCUCUUUUGAUAAAAUUUUUAUAUACAGCGCGGUGAGCCCAGCUGCUGGGGUACCGCGCUUUAUAAGAUGUCUUAUUAUUAUUUUUAUUAUUAUUAUUAUUAGGGAGAACUAAAAUAUCACACUUAGAUACACCUGAAAUAUAAGGUAAGGAGACCUAAUAUAUCACACUUAGAUACACCUGAAAUAUAGGGUAGGGAGACCUAAUAUAUAUCCCACUUUAAUACACCUGAAAUAUAGGGUAGGGAGACCUAAUAUAUCACACAUAGAUACACCUGAAAUAUAGGGUAGGGAGACCUGAUAUAGCACACUAUAAUACACCUGAAAUAUAGGGUAGGGAGACCUACUAUAUCACACUUAGAUACACCUGAAAUAUAGGGUAGGGAGACAUAAUAUAUCAAUCACACUUAGAUACGCCUGAAAUAUAGGUUAGGGUGACCUAAUAAAUUACACUUAGAUACACCUGAAAUAUAGGUUAGAGAGACCUAAUAUAUCACACUUAGAUACACCUGAAAUAUAGGGUAGGGAGACCUAAUAUAUCACACUUAGAUACACCUGAAAUAUAGGGUAGGGAGACCUAAUAUAUCACACUUAGAUACACCUGAAAUAUAGGGUAGGGAAACCUAAUAUAUCACACUUAGAUACACCUGAAAUAUAGGGUAGGGAGACCUAAUAUAUCACACUUAGAUACACCUGAAAUAUAGGGUAGGGAGACCUAAUAUAUCACACUUAGAUACACCUGAAAUAUAGGGUAGGGAGACCUAAUAUAUCACACUUAGAUACACCUGAAAUAUAGGGUAGGGAGACCUAAUAUAUCACACUUAGAUACACCUGAAAUAUAGGGUAGGGAAACCUAAUAUAUCACACUUAGAUACACCUGAAAUAUAGGGUAGGGAGACCUAAUAUAUCACACUUAGAUACACCUGAAAUAUAGGGUAGGGAGACCUAAUAUAUCACACUUAGAUACACCUGAAAUAUAGGGUAGGGAGACCUGAUAUAGCACACUAUAAUACACCUGAAAUAUAGGGUAGGGAGACCUAAUAUGUCACCCGGUCCACAAUUAUAGAGCCAUGAUCAAAUUAUAGAUAAAUGCCAUUAUCACAUUUGAGGGUUGUAACAAUGUCACAUUUGAAGGUUAGUAACAAUGUCACAUUGUCCACAAUUAUAGAUGAGCUUUUAUCACAUUUGAGUAUAAUAACAAUGUCACAUGGUCCACAAUUAUAGUUUGAGCUAUUAUCACAUUUGAGCUUUCGCUCAGCUGUUCUUUAAUACUUUCCAAAAUGUCUCUGUUCACUUUCCAUUUCGCUUUUAAGUUUCUUAUCUCCCAAACCACAGACACAUGGAAUGAUCUAUCGCUCUUAUUUGACCCAUUUCAUCGCCUGUUGGUUGUUUGGAUAAAAACCCGACUCAUCAUGUCAGCAUGCAGCACACGCAGACCAAUGAAGUGGACAAAGUUUAUAAUUAUAUCACACAAUUCAUUGGGUUUAGUUUCAUACAUCGUCUGUAGAUAGGACCUUGACAGUGGAUUAAACUACAAUUUCACGUACUUCACAAUAGUCACGACAAAAUCGUCCUUUACUGGUCCACCGCCAUCUCAAAUUUUUUCUUAUGAGAGGGGCGCCAUUGUUCCUAGGCACCGCCCUGACUUCCAUUAGCUCAGACCUCGUCUGUGAUGCAGUGUGUAUCAGCUUUUUAAUUUGUAGCCCAUGUCUUCAGCACAUAUUUGCAACAUAAUCUGGAUUGAAAUUGUCAAUUUUUAAAAUAUAGUUUGUACCAUUUGUACCAAUACAUUAUCUUAAUUCAUUUUCUGCGUUUUUUUUUUUUAAAUUAAAAAAAAAAAGUCUGAUUUUUGUUAGACCUAUGUCUUAUUUUCUGGCGACUCAACUGCACCUUGCAUGCGACACAAUCCCUUAAAGGUUUUGUUCCAAUACUUUUUCUUAAUUCUUUUUUUUUGUUUUUUUUUUUUAAAUUAAAAAAAAAAAGUCUGAAUGUUGGUAGACCUAUGUCUUAUUUUCUGGCGACCCACCUGCACCUUGCAUGCGACACAAUACCUUAAAGGAGUGGCUUGCUAGCAUGUGUGGUAGAGCUUCUGAGUUUGGUAAAUAAUUCGACGCAGUUAACUAGAUGUGUCAGGUCCUGUCUUAUAGUGACAAUAUGUUACAAUCUGUGACUUGCUGAAAUGGGGGGAAAAACGAGAAUUUUAUUCUUAAAGCGUGGACCCGGGAAUUCACGGGAUGUGAACAUUUCCCGGGAAGUCUUUUGUUGACUAAAAUGGUUCAUGAUCCCCGGAGAGACAUCCUAGUUCUGAGGCGUUCGGAUCACUAUAUUAUCAGUUCCAAGGCAGUUUCAGAUUUCAUGUAACAGAGAGUCAACUCUUGUGAGCUAUGUCAAAUGUCACAUGGACAGCUGAAUAUGUCAAAUGAAACAUGAGCAGCUGAAUAUGAAUAUGUCAACUGAGACAUGAACAGCUGAAUAUGAAUAUGUCAACUGAGACAUGAAAAGCUGAAUAUGAAUAUGUCAACUGAGACAUGAACAGCUGAAUAUGAAUAUGUCAACUGAGACAUGGACAGCUGAAUAUGAAUAUGUCAACUGAGACAUGGACAGCUGAAUAUGAAUGUGUCAACUGAGACAUGAACAGCUGAAUAUGAAUAUGUCAACUGAGACAUGGACAGCUGAAUAUGAAUAUGUCAACUGAGACAUGGACAGCUGAAAAUGUCAGAGUUGAAGAGUUGAAUGUUUCAACAUGUCAUGGAAAUGGUGGUCUACCAUUAUACUAAGAAUAACGUUUUGACAGUACCACAAUGUGUACACAGAAGUACUGACAGUCUCUCCAUAUUCACCCCACCCCCCCCCCCUUUUUUUUUCUUUCUCCCACUAGUAAAACUUUGAACAGCCCAAAGUCUGACUCACCCAAGACGAAUUCACUGCUUAUUGAUCUACUGUUAUAACACGUAGUUGAGACACCUUUGUAACACAAAGAAGAGAGGGACACGCUGGGAGUAAGGGGUGACAUUCUUGGAGGGGAGUGAGGAAGGACAGGCGUGGAGGGGAUGAGUGAGGACAGGCUUGGAGGGGAUCAGUGAGGACAGGCUUGGAGGGGAUCAGUGAGGACAGGCUUGGAGGGCAUCAGUGAGGACAGGCUUGGAGGGGGGGAGUGAGGACAGGCUUGGAGGGGAUGAGUGAGGACAGGCUUGGAGGGGAUGAGUGAGGACAGGCUUGGAGGGGAUGAGUGAGGACAGGCUUGGAGGGGAUCAGUGAGGACAGGCUUGGAGGGGAUCAGUGAGGACAGGCUUGGAGGGCAUCAGUGAGGACAGGCUUGGAGGGGGGGAGUGAGGACAGGCUUGGAGGGGAUGAGUGAGGACAGGCUUGGAGGGGAUGAGUGAGGACAGGCUUGGAGGGGAUGAGUGAGGACAGGCUUGGAGGGGAUCAGUGAGGACAGGCUUGGAGGGGAUCAGUGAGGACAGGCUUGGAGGGCAUCAGUGAGGACAGGCUUGGAGGGGGGGAGUGAGGACAGGCUUGGAGGGGAUGAGUGAGGACAGGCUUGGAGGGGAUGAGUGAGGACAGGCUUGGAGGGGAUGAGUGAGGACAGGCUUGGAGGGGAUCAGUGAGGACAGGCUUGGAGGGGAUCAGUGAGGACAGGCUUGGAGGGCAUCAGUGAGGACAGGCUUGGAGGGGGGGAGUGAGGACAGGCUUGGAGGGGAUGAGUGAGGACAGGCUUGGAGGGGAUGAGUGAGGACAGGCUUGGAGGGGAUGAGUGAGGACAGGCUUGGAGGGGAUGAGUGAGGACAGGCUUGGAGGGGAUGAGUGAGGACAGGCUUGGAAGGGAUCAGUGAGGACAGGCUUGGAAGGGAUCAGUGAGGACAGGGUUGAAGAGGAUGAGUGAGGACAGGCGUGGAGGGGGAGUGAGGACAGGCUUGGAGAGGAUGAGUGAGGACAGCCCUGGUGGGGGGGUGAGGACAGGCCUGGAUGGGAUGAGUGAGGACAGGCCUGGAGGGAAUGAGUGAGGACAGGCCUGGAGGGGAUGAUUGAGGGCAGGCCUGGAGGGAAUUGAGGACAUGCCUGGAGGGGAUGAGUGAGGACAGGCUUGGAGGGGAUCAGUGAGGACAGGCUUGGAAGGGAUCAGUGAGGACAGGGUUGAAGAGGAUGAGUGAGGACAGGCUUGGAGGGGAUCAGCGAGGGCAUACUUAGAGGGGAGUGAGGACAGGCUUGGAGAAGAAAAAAAUGGACAGGCUUGAAGAGAGGUGGUAUGUUGUUAAUCUGUAAAAAUAUUUCAGUCUAGUUUCUUUUAUUUGUAGAUUCAGUUUCGGAGUAGGGAGCGUGACAAAUGUUCUUGAAAGGACAAUGAUCAGUUUUAACUGCAAUCAAACAAAUACACUUAACACACGUGUAUAGUUAGUAAACCUAAUCUUCACACAAACAUAAACCUGCACACACAACCUACGCAUUGAAGGUAGCUAUCUAUUUGAUCAAUUUCUAUUUGGAUUCAAGGGUAAAAUCUGCCACAUUUCAUAUCAGCACCCACACCUCUCUCAAAUGUCAACACCCACAUCUUGUACAUGUCAACACCCACACCUCUCGCACAUGUCAACACCCACACCCCACUCACAUGUCAACACCCACACCCACUCACAUGUCAACACCCACACCUCUCUCACAUGUCGACACCCACACCCCUCUCACAUGUCAACACCCACACCCCUCUCACAUGUCAACACCCACACCCCUCUCACAUGUCAACACCCACACCUCUCUCACAUGUCAACACCCACAACCUCUCUCACAUAUCAACACCCACAUCCCUCUCACAUGUCAACACCCACACCUCUCUCACAUAUCAACACCCACACAUACAUCUCUUACUCAUCAACAUCAACUUUCAAAUGUCAAUUCCCUCUCUCAUGUCACAACCCCCUGUCAAUUGUCAACACUCCUACCCCUCUCAUAAGUCAACACCCACACCUAUUAUAUGUCAAGGGCCUCUCUCCUAUGUUUGGUAGCAGUGAUACAUUGUUGAAUCAAGUGGACUGUUCAGGUAGCAGUGUUACAUAUUUGACUCACUACUGUCAAGUCUAAAGAGACAUUUGUUGUAGUCUGGUUAAAUGUUCAUGGUCCAGUAAAUGAGUUUUCCAUUGACAAAUAAGGACUCCUUCUUGUGUGUGUUCCCUGGGACACAUGUAAACAGACACAGCUGUCUGAACAAAUCAAGGGAUACCUUCUAUUUUAGUCAUAGCUUCUUGAGAAUCUCUUAUUGACAUUGGUAGAGUACAUUCUCAGGAGAACACAUUUGGAUAUGGACUACCAACCUGUAGGACUGCCUCAGUUUCAUAAGCUACAAAAUACCUGGUGGAAAUGACCUGUCAAAAUAUUAUCAUCUUCUUGACCUGGGGCCAAAUUGUCUAGCCUCUCCUCCUGAUCCUUAUAGCUGUCUGAUUAGGUCAGGUUCAGAUGCAAUGUCUUAUCUACUGGUUGAAUAGUUGUUGAAAUUACUGUUGGGGAAAAAAAAGGGAGGGGGGGGGGGUCACUACUCUUUCUCAAUACACAUUCACCUACAAGUGGAUUUGUUUUCAUAGCAUUAUCAGUAUUACUUCCCUCUAAUUAGGCAAACAUUUAAGCUUUUGCCUGAUGUAACCACCAACUGUCAGGAAGAACAUAUGAAAUAUUGUGAAUGUUUGCUGCAAGUAUCAAUCUAAUCAUAGUUGGCCACACUUGAGCUGCUGUAUUGAUUUGUUGGUCAUGAGGAGGAAAUAAGCUUUAGCUGGAUGUAAUGUGUGUGGCACAUCUGUAGCAGUGGUGUCACAAGACAGCCAGCUAUUGGUGGUCUUCAGAUAAACUUUUGGCUUUUAUGCUGUGUCUCCUGUGAUAGGCAGACAUAGAACAAACUUCAAAGUAAGUACAUCACUGUCCAGGAGAAGGACAUUGUACUGUAGGGCCAUCGAAAUGGAUGCACUAGUACAUAGUGGCUAUGAUAGUACAAGAUGUUCCAGUAGCACAGAGCAAAUUGAACUGUGAGAGAUAUGUAAACAGUUGUCUUAACAGUAUCAGAGCAUAAAAUGAUAAUACUAGAGGUAUAUUUCCUUCAAUAUGUGUAUCCAUACUGUUUUAGUGUAAUUUAACAUUCGUCAGUGGGCAUGUAAAAAAACGGUAGCAUGGCCUAGAAUAAUCAUUUAUUAACUCUUUUAAAGUUCUUUUAAAUAAACAUAUUUUGAAAAUAAUGAUACUUUUCAAAUGUUCCAGUAUUUAGUCUCUAUUAAAUCAAUGUGGGAAACCAUCUGUGGCUCAUUUAUGAUCUGCUGGUCAUGCAUAGUGUAGCUUUAAGCAUUCUGUGAAUAGCCAGCUUAUUUGGAUAUUGAAAAGUUUAUUUUCAACCAUGCAGUGACAGUCUUAUGCUCUAAAUGUGCACAUGUGAAUAUUAUUCAUUUCAUACCUUUAAGGACAAACGACAAUAACAAAGCAACAUGAAGGAUAGAUUUGUUUAUUUAUUUAUUUUGCCAUUUUUAUAUAGCGCUUACCUUACAGCUCUAAGCGCUUUACAAUUAUUAAAAACAUGUAACCUAUUUAAACUGCUAAAGUAAAAUAAAAAUGAAAAACCAAUGACACUAGAAUAGUAACUACUAUAUUAAAAAUUACCAUAGAAACAGUAGCUUAAACAUUAAAAUGGCUAUAAAACGAGUACACUUUGGCACGUUUUGGCCUAUACUACAGGAUCAUAACGAGACAGAAAAUGAGGCAGGGCUGAGAGGGUGCAUCACAGGUCAUAUGCGGACCUAAAUGUUUCUGUCACAUUAAACCCCCCAAUGGCAGGACAGGCCCAGCUUUAUGAAGUGUGGCAUUGGCCAACAGCUGAAAGGAAUAACAAAUCUCUAACCACCAGAUGUUACCCUGGGAAGUGUGGUAGUAAAUCCAAAAGGAUAAUCUGUUGAAGGAUCACACUUUCGGCCACAGCCUAUCACAGAAAUCAAAGUCGGACGAUGAAUAUGACACUGUUAAAAAAUAGUUUUCUGAUUUUGUCAUCCUAUUGGAUUUCUUUCUAAAUGCCAAGAGUUUGUGAAAGGGUAAUAUGAACCAAAACUUGGUCUCUUUUUCAGACCUGUUUACUCUUACGAUUUUAAGCGUACAUGUACGAUUUUGAGGUGUAUAGAUUGUAUAUUCUGUAUGUUUUUUUUACUAUAAAUAUAACGUAUUGAACGAUUUUGUGAUGAUAUUGUACGAUUUUAAGAGUUGAGGGUAAACAGGUCUGCUUUUUAAAAAAAAAUGUAUUGACUUAAAGAGUUUAAUCUGUGCAGUGUUUUUGUAACUUUCUUUGUACUGUUACCAAAUAAUAUAUUAUUCCCCACAGGAAUCCAAACUUACUUUUUGAAGUUUAAGUUAAUUAGGACUGUAUUGAUUAAUAUAUUUAUUGAGUUAGGUGUUUGUAGCUCCCUUUUUUCCCUGUCCUCCUUUCUUGGGUCCCUCAGAUCUAUCAGAAUAGCUAGCUUUCAUGUGCUUGAUUUAUUAUUGGUAUUGGCCCAGUGACAGGAAAAGGUAGAUACACUUGUGAGCAGGGUUUAAAAAUGAAAAUUUAGUUUUAAAAAGUAGCUGCUGCAUUGAUUCUUGUUACUCACCAAUGUAAGUUAAUUGCUGCAGUGGAUGUGAACAGAUAGUUUUUGUUGAAAGUGUAGAGUGAAAUAAAUAAAGCAUGUUCACAUUGCUAGCUUCAGCUGCAAUGUGUGGUUGUAGAUUAACAGUAGGAAUAUCUCUAACUACACAUUGUAGCUCAUAUUGACAACUAACACUGGGAAUGUUACUAUAACAACUAAGUGGCUGUGUAAAUGUGUUUAAUACCAAACUUGAUUUAUUGACAUCUGAAUGUAAAAAAAAAAUUUUGAGGGAGAAAAUAUAAGACCUUAUCAGUGUCAUGUGUGUAGAAUCCAUGUGUAGAAAAGGCUAAAUGUUUUAUUUCCAGUGAGUUUGUUUCACAUGAAUUUGUUCAUGCUCUGGAAUAUUGAUGAAUUAUUAAUGAACUAUAAAGAUCAUGUUGGCCUCUGGGACUUGUUAUUUCUAUUGGCUCCAACACCCCCUUGGCAGUGUAUUAUCUGGUGAUGGGAGUCCCGUUUUGUAGUGUUGCAAUGAUAGCUGGAAGCAAAUAUUGAAAGGUUUGUGCAUGGUCUCAUGUUUAUGUUGAAGUUAUCUAUUUUAUUAACGUGGGCAUCCAGAACUCAGAGGUUGCGUUGCAAAAAUUUGCCAUGAUUUCUACUUGGGUUUAUCUGAAGGAUUGUGACAGUUGACCAUUUCAUACAUUUACUUUGUAAAGACUACCUAGAGUUCUUGAAGUUGUUCAUUGGCUUAUUAUCAAGAAACACAUUGAGUGGAUAGAUAAAAUCAUGUUGAAGUCUCCGCUCAAGGAUUAGUUUAUGCUUUGCUUUAAUGAUACUAUUAUAAAAGGCUUUUCUUUAGAACCCCUGUUGUUAUGUAACAAAUGGGUUUGUCUGAAAUUGCAUCUAUCUUAUAUUUGUUUGUGCCUACCACUUGCUAACCUCUUGGAUCUAGUAGUCAAUAUCUAAAUAAUGAUCUCAAAGGAAAGGGAAAGAUCUUAUAGGCUUUAAAUGUUUACUAAUUUUUUACGUAAAUUUAAUUUAUAAUUAUAUUACUGUUUUUUUGUUGUACUGAUUAUGGUAUGUGCCCAAACGUUUCAAUUUUUGUUGUUGUUGUCUAUUCACAAUUAAAGCUAGACAUAUGAUCACACAAAAUUUUAGCGUCUCAUUAAUCUACUUGAAAGCUUUAAAGCAGUCCAACCCUCGUACUCAAAGAAGUCAAAAGUUGUCUUUAUGCUAAUCCAUCCUUGAUUUUGUUUGCAGGAAAAAGAUUGAGGAGAUUGGCAAAAUGACAGCUCUCAGUCAAGAUGAGAUUGUCAGCAAUACCAGGACAGUAAUCCAAGGUCUGGAUACCUUGAAAAAUGACUACCAACAGAUCUUAAAUACUUUGUUAUCUUCCAUGAAAACUAUAAAACGGGAAAAUGGUGACACUAACCUGGUGGAAGAGAAGACCAAUAUAUUACAGAGAUCCUUGGAGACUAUAGAGCUUGGCCUAGGAGAGGGUCAGGUAAUACUUUUAUAGAGCUUACCAAGGGAGGGUCAAGGAAUAAUUUUAGUGUUUUAUAGAGCUUAGCCUAGGGGAGGGUAAGGUAAUAAUUUUAGUUUUAUAGAGCUUGGCCUAGGGGAGGGUCAGGUAAUAAUUUUAGUGCGUUUACUAGUACAGACUCGGGUAAUAGCUUUAUCUUAAUAUAACUAAUGCCAGGGAAUAUUUUCUAGAAUUCAUAAUACUCACUAUGUUAUGAUAAUCUAGUCCCUCUAUUCACUCACGGUGUAGCGAUUAUUUUACCUGAUCAAUGUCUCCAAUUCUUACUUCAACGUGCUUUAGGUUAUGAUGGAUCUCUCCAACUACCUCCAAAAAAUAGAAGCAGAAAAACAGAAACUGAGAGCUCAAGUGCGGAGACUCUGUCAAGAGAAUGGUUGGCUCAGGGAUGAAUUAGCAACAACGCAACAGAAGCUGCAGGUAAUUGACUCAUUUGAACAGUAUCUCUUGGAUAUUUUUAACUUAAUUUAGCAUUGUUAUAACAUUUCUCUGUAAUACAGUUUAUUCCCUCAAGCACAAUCUAUUUGUAAAAGAAAAUACUUCAACAUGCCAAGAAAGGGCUGUUUUUAUGAACUACAUGCCAUUUAAAUGGAAUGUUAUUUCUGACAUAUUAACCUUAAAAAAAAAAAAAAGCAUUGUCUUGUAUGCACUGUCUUGUUUUAUUCCACUUUUGUCCCUUAACCUAUUUAUAGAUUCACUUUCUUGUGUUUGGUCAUCCUUAACAUUUCAUAAAAGAAAAUAAUUCAACAUGCCAAAAAAGGGCUGUUUUUAUUAAAUACAUGCCAUUUAAAUGGAAUGUUAUUUCUGACAUAUUAACCUUAAAAAAAAAAAAAGCAUUGUCUUGUAUGCACUGUCUUGUUUUAUUCCACUUUUGUCCCUUAACCUAUUUAUAGAUUCACUUUCUUGUGUUUGGUCAUCCUUAACAUUUCAUAUUUUCUAUUCUUUGCUGUAUUAUCCAAUUGAUUUCUACCAUUCCAAGUCCACUUGUACUAGUCUACAAACAUAGCACCUCACACCAAAAUGAAUUUUGAUUAUAUCUUGUCUUGACAGUUUAGUGAACAAAGGGUGGCUACUCUGGAAGAGGAGAAAAAACAUUUGGAAUUUAUGAAUGAAAUGAAGAAGUUUGAUGACUCUGACGGGCACUCGUCUGCUGUAAGUAUCAUCAGUAAAUGAGAGUUGGGGUUGAUUUAAACUCAUCAGCUGUAAGUAUCAUCAGUAAAUGAGAGUUGAGGUUGAUUUACACUCAUCAGCUGUAAGUGUCAAUAAAUUAAAGUUUAAGUUGAAGUUACUCAUGUUCUAAAGUAUAAAUGUUUAUUGACCUGUUUUGGUUUAUUUGUGAGGCCUUGAAGAAAAAUUAAAAUAGUCGGCACCAAAAUUUUCUAUAAUUAUGGAUAACUUAUCCACCUUUGCAUUAGUCAUGUUUGUUGUCGUGUUGCAGCCUCAUGAAGAGAAAGAAACAGAAGCCCCGUCACAGUUAGAUGACCUAGGCUUCCCCGACGUUGAUGAUGAUCAAUCUCCAGAAGGUCAGUAGUAUGGCUUAGUUUUUUAAAUCUUUCAUUGAACAGGUUUAAUUACUUUUCAGUUGCUUGCAGGAUUCCAAGUUCAUGUCUCUAAGCUUUAUUCUUUUAAAAAUAAUACAUUUCAAUUAUUCAAGGAGACUGAUGUAAAGUAGCAAGCAUUUGAUAGGCUUAUGUUAUCAAAUAUUUGUAUUAAUUGUAUAAACUGAUGCAGUUUUCUUGUCUCCGCAGUGCUUUCCCCAUCACAACCCAGUGCAAUGGCUCAUGCGGCGAGCGGGGGCUAUGAGAUUCCUGCUCGACUCCGCACUCUACAUAAUCUAGUUAUACAAUAUGCAUCCCAAGGUCGUUACGAGGUGGCUGUGCCACUGUGCAAACAGGCACUUGAAGACCUUGAAAAAACCUCCGGGCAUGAUCACCCUGAUGUGGCUACCAUGCUGAACAUACUGGCUCUAGUUUACAGGUAUAGGCAAUCAUGUUUCUUUCACAGUCAGUUAGUAUUGUUUUUAUUUCAAAGUUUGAUUUUUUAACUUAUUUAGGCUUAGAACAGUAUUAUGUACUUAGUUAUUCCUUACCUAAAUUCACUCUCAAAAUGGAACCAGUAAAUUAUGAGAUAUUCAAGGGGCACUCAUUUACUGGUAUUAUGGCAUAACAUACACUUGAGCCUUUUUUUAAGUACCAAGUUCUUUUUAUGUCUUAGGAUUUUGUGCUGGUAAAGAAAAAAACAAUAAGAUGGAGCCCCAUGUUUUCAAACUAAGUCUACAUGUUUGCACCAUUGAGUCUAAAUUAUUUAGAGCAGUUAACAAUAUCCGUUUUUGUGGACUGCUGGGUAGCAACAUUGCAUGCGUUUUGGUUAUAGAUUGAAAUAGUUAUUUAUCAGGUGGAUCUCGUUGUUUGACUAAGUCAAUUGGAAACUUGCAUCUAUUUCUGUGUAUAUGAUUUUUAUGUGUGUGUGUGUAUUCUAAGAAUGUCUGUAUAUAGGGGUCAUCAGUGGAUUUGAUCAUAAAACUGCAGUCAAUUUGCACAAAAUAACUGUGCAGGGUGACAAAUCAGGACACUGGGAGGAAGGGCCGAGUGCAUGUCACCCUCUUUAUCCAUCUCUGUCCAUGAUUAUACUAAUGAGAUUCUAACAGAUUUAGAUUUUCCAGCAAUUAUUUCUCUCAAUGAAUAUUUUAUCAGGUUUGAUAUACCAUCCUAAAAUAAAGAAUGUUUGCAUAAUUAAAAUUCUACCCCAACUGCAAUCUAUUUUCUCAUAUAUACUAAAUAGAAGCAAUAGUUUUUGUCUAAGGUUUCUCUGACAUUCUAUUGAUGAUCACUUUCUUUACUGAUAUUGGUAAUUGAUGCAUUAGAUGGAUUUUACAAUAUGCUUGAUCUCACUAAAUAAACAUGUGGCUUUUUGACCAAAGAGUACAGCAAGAAAAAAAAUGCUGACUUGAUGUGCAUGUUUUUCCAGAGACCAGGGUAAAUUCAAAGAGGCGGGCAACUUGCUUCAUGAUGCCCUUAUCAUCAGGGAGAAGACGCUGGGCAUGAGCCACCCUGCUGUGAGUUGACUGUUUACUUUUAUACUCUCUUUCAGACUACGGCGUAUGUGCACAGCUUACAAUACAUACAACUCCAGUCUCCCAUAAAUAGUUCAGUCUGUAGAUGUCAGGUGAACUCCUUUGUUCAUCCCUUGAUGUCUUCAAUGUUUUUAAUUUUGAACCUUAAAAAAAUGAAAAUAUAAAUUGACAGAAUUUAAGCCUUUGACAAGCCGCUAAAGUCAUUGCUUUGAAAAGAAAACAUUUUAAAGAGGAUCUCCCACCCCCCCCCCCCCCCCAGACUAAAAAAGGUGGUGAGACUUGGUAUCAGUUAAAUACUGAGCUGUGCACAUGGGCACCUGCGUAGUAUUUUCAGAUGUCAGAUCCAUGAUGGAGGAGAGCAGCCGGCCACCAGCAAGUUGUUUUGUUCUUGUUUCAAAUAUUACAUUUUUCUAUAACAAACGUUGACUUUUCUUGUUUGUACCCAACCACUUGCAAAGGGACCAAGGCAAAUACAAGGAAGCGGCCAAUCUACUGAAUGAUGCUCUAAAUAUUCGUGAGAAGACGCUCGGCCCCGACCACCCGGCUGUGAGUUGUAUGCUGAUGGUUGUGUUCUCUGCAUGAGCAGUCAAUUGUGAUGCUCGCAUGCUUUUAUAUUCAGCCCUGUUUGGUUUUAAAUGACCCGUGCUGCAGAUUUUUGUUUGAUGUUUUGGAGAGCUGUAGUGACUUAUUUCAUUCAAUUUUUAUUUUUUUUACAAUUUUUGUUCUGAAGUUUUUUGGUUUUUGUGAAUAGUUGGUGUCCGUAGAAACUCUGAUUUAAAAGAUUUUGUUAAUAACUGAAAAUUCCUGCCGUAGAUUGAUGUUGGUAUUUGAUCAUUUAGAUAAUCGACCGCGGCAUCCAGUUCUUAUGAUGAGUUUCAUGUCUAUUCUCUAUUAGCCAAGGGUCAUUUUAAUGGUAAACAAUAAAUAGGAUCUGGUCCUUUUUCUCUUGAAUCUAAAAGAAGGAUGGUUGUAAACAUUUCAAACUUUAAGAAGAAUAAAAGAAUUAUUAGUUAAUGAAAAGAAUUAAAUGGAAUAUUAAGUUACAGGAAAAAAAUAUGAAGUAAAAUAUUAAUACUGUUUAGUUUUUCUAAUCUUCAUUUAAUUAAAAAUUUAUUUAAAAACUUGUGUCAUAUUGGCUUUGGCUAAAGAUUUUCAAUGAGUUUUGAAAAAAAAAAAAUUUUGUUUUCCAAAUGUAUGUAGUCCUUUAUGUAGUGUGUUAUGGUUCUUGAUUUUCAAAAAUUGAUUUUGCUGUUUAAAUUUAAGUGACGAUUUAUCCCAAUUAUUGUCCACUUACUGUUGAAUCUAUUGUUAACGCUUUUGUGUCUGUCAUUUUUGUCUUUUCUCACUUAAGUGUUAGAACUUAACUUGGUUGAAAUGUUUCCUAAAAAAAAACCAAAAAAAAACAAAGCAAAAGUUUGUAACAUUGUUUAGUGUGUAGAUGUUAUCACAACAGUUUAGCCCCUACCUAAUGUAUCACGUCUCCUUUCACUGUGCUGGAUCAUUUUUUUUUAGUUUUUUAAACAUACCUAAGGAAUUAAAUAUUUAAGAUUAAUAAGUUCAUGUAAAUUUUAAAAAUUUUGCACGUGUAAAUUUUGUUCUAAAAAAUGAUAGCACUUAAUGUUGUGUAUUUUGCAGAUGUAGCAUCCAUGCAUGCAAAUUGAAAUUGCAUGUUUCCUUCUGAAAAUGCAUAACCAUUAGUUGAUGUUUUCUUUUAAAAGAUUUGUUUCCUAAAUUGAAUUAAUUGAUGUUUCAUGAAGAGUGCUAUCUCCUUCUUUUAUUUGUAUGACUUGUAGUAAAAUUGUUGUAAACUUACAUAAUCAUGGUAACAUUUUUCAAAAAAAAUUAAGAUUAAAAUAAUCAAAAUACUAAGAAUAGAUGCCAUUUUAUUCAAUGAAUACGUUUUUUCCCUUUGAUAUCUUUGUUUUUUUAGUCAUAUAUCUUUCUUUUUCAAAGAAAGCCAAAGAUGAUAAAUUACACACCCUACAAAUUGAAAAGAUAAUUUUCAAAGAUACUCUUGUAAUAUUUAAAAUAAUUAAAAUUUUCAAAAAAAUAUUUUUUUAAGUGUCAGUAACUUUACAAUAUUGUUUUGAAUUGUAAGCUUCUUGAUAAUUGUAUUUGUGUUAUUUUCCUGACCUUUGAAUCCCAUGCUUCUAUCUUUGUUUUCCUACAGGUGGCUGCCACACUGAACAAUUUAGCCGUGUUGUAUGGAAAGAGAGGCAAGUACAAAGAAGCUGAACCGUUGUGUAAACGAGCUCUUGAGAUUAGAGAAAAGGUAGGAUUGCUAAAUAUAGCCUUAAAAGAUUUUAGUGCUUGGGCACACAUGAUUAAAAAAAUUUUAAUUUUAUAUUGAUUUUCAGUUAAUCAUUGCUUUAAUUGUUGGAGAAAUUGAUAAAUUUAAACUGUGUUAGGCCUUGUAUCAAUUAGCAUAUCAAUAUCUCUUUUGUACAAACUUUUACAAAAAAUGAAACAGAAAAGACUCGAUGUAUGUAUAUAUAUAUAAGCAGUGGUACCUCGUCCAUUGCAGGGAGUUAGGUUCCAGGACACCAACACACACACACCCUCCUUGCACACGAUCUGUGAAAAUCAGCGAAGUUGGGACCUUCUAUUUAAUUCAUUAUUUAUAUACAUUUUAAGGCUUUAUAAACCCUCCCCAAACUUAUAAACCCUUCUGACAUUAUUGUUUAUUUUUCCCAUACGGAUAAAAAGCUUUCUUAGCACUUAAACUCUUUAUACCCUCUUAAACCUUCAUAAUUUUUCCAUAUGAAAUUCAAUAUGGGUAAUCACCAGUAAAUAUGCUACAAUUUGAAUGAUGAAGAUGAUAGUGACUUAGCUUUUUAGUUACAGAUCUUCUGAAGGUGUCACUUCAUCGGGCAUUUUCUUGUGGGAGAUAAGAUUAUUAUCGUAUCCGGAAAUUUGAUCGAAAAAAAUUUCGUCGAUGGUAAAAUUGAUCGAUGGUAAUUUGAUGGAACGGAAAUUUGGUCGAAUCUUUUUUUCAGUUUUUACGUUAAAAUUUUGCUUCAAAUUUCUUUUUGAAUGCAUUAUUUUGUUUUACUAUAUAGUAUACUGCGUUCAAAAAGAAAUUUGAGGAAAAUAUUAACGUAAAAACUGAAAAAAAGAUUCUACCAAAUUUCUGUUUGAUGAAAUUUCCGUUGAUCAAUUUAAAGUCUACGAAAUUUCUUUCGAUCAAAUUUCCGGUAAUCGAUUAUUAUAAACCGACUUGCCACCCUCGACUGUAUUUGCUGUGACAAUGUGUGUUUUAAACAUGAAUUUGUUUGUUUCAUCUUUCUACAGGUGCUAGGCAAAGACCACCCUGAUGUGGCCAAGCAGUUGAACAACUUAGCCUUGUUAUGUCAAAAUCAAGGCAAAUAUGAAGAGGUAACAUCUGACCCCAUUAGACAGUAUUACUCAUUACCUACUUUUAAUUUUUUUAAGUAUAAUAAAAUAACUUACCUAAGGAUAUCAAGAAAAUUUAUUUCAAAGUUAAUUUUUAAUACAGAUAUUCCAUUGGUUGAAUUUUUAAAAUGUGGGUACUCUGUUCCUGAACAGGUAAUCUUUAUACAAUCUUUAAAAGCCUUUGUCUUAAAAUAAUCUUUACAGUCUGUCUUAAAAUAAUCUUUAUACAGUCCCAAUCUUAAGAUAAUAUUCAUAACAUCUCCAUUUGAUGGCUUUCACUUCUAGCUUACAUUGAGAUGAUUGGUUAAUGUUUAGCCCUCAAGAUUUGAUUAUUGAGAAUUUAGUUCCUGCCUGAUGGAAUUGUCUUUACUGUGUGCAAAGCACAGGGUAUAUAAAAACAUACCAGAAUGUGUGUUAUCUUUUGUAUCCAUGCUUCCUUUUUGUUUUGUAAUACUUUGAUAAUCAAAUACUACUGCUGAAAUGAAACUUUAAAAUAAAUUAAGCAUUAAAAAAGCAUACAUUUUUAUUACAAAUUUACCGCUAUAUGCAGAAAUUUCACAAUAGUUAGAAUAGUUAAAUAUCACCUCAACACUUUUGAAGAUGUGGCCAUAGUAUCAUUAGCACGGUCAUUAAGAGGCAGUGGCUGAGUUCUUACGGUCCAAGCUAAUAUUGAUUCCAGGUGGAGCAGUACUAUCAGCGAGCAUUGGAGAUCUAUGAGGGAAAACUUGGCCCCGAUGAUCCUAAUGUAGCUAAAACUAAGAACAAUUUGGUAAGGGCCAUAGAGCCAGACUUCCUUCACUGGGUUAAUGUGGAGUAUUCAUUGUCCAGACCAGCUUUUGGUGUUUGACUUUUUUGUAAUAUUGUAGUUUUUUUGCACUAAGAAAAAGGUAGUGCUAACUUAUGAGAUAUUAAUUUCGUCCCCCACCUUAAAAAAUAUAGAUUUAAAUUUUCAAAGAAUAUAGAAGUAAACUUUAAAUGUCGUUUAUUAUAAUCUAUAUUCAGAAUUAAGUGUUACAUGGCACUGGAAAAGAGUUAGCUUUGUCUCAGAUUUGAAGAUGAGAAAAGAGAGAUAUCUAUAAUUUUAUUAUGAGCACUAUCUUUUUUUUUUUUUUUAUCUAUUUUUCACUUUGAUUUUUGGUUGCUUUUUCCUUUUUCUCACAGCCUUUUUUAGACAGGAAAUGGGGAUGAUGAUACAAAACUUCCAGAUAUCCUCUUAAAACAAAAUUAAUUUUAUUAUGAGCUUUAUCUUUUUUUUUUUUUUUAGCUAUUGUUCACUUUGAUAUUUGGUGGCUUUUUCCUUCUUCUCACAGCCUAUUUUAGACAGGAAGAGGUGAUGAUGAGACAAAACAUCCAGAUAUCCUCUUAAAUCAAAAUAGUGCCAGCAGAUUUCCAAUUCCAAGGGAUUUUCACUGCAUUUAAACUCAAUAGUCCAUUUAUUUAUGCAAUGAGGUUGAGGUUUAGAUAUCUGACUUGACAUCACAAGUUUGUGUCAUGCAAUGUCAAGUGUUUUGUACUAUGUCUAAAUAUUUGACUUGCUACCCCAAGUUGAUUAUUGUUGGAAGUUGUACAAGAUGCUUACCAUUGAUGGUUGUAGAAAAACACAGAUCAUUAUAAGUUAUAUCAUGUCUGCAAGUUUUUUGUGUGUUGUUUUUCUCCCCUUAAAACUUAUUUUUUCCCUCACUUCUCAGGGGUGCUUCAUCCAUUUUAUUUCUUUUUGUUAUUUUGGUGUGUGUCCUUGUUUCAGGUGGAAAAAUAUUACCAAAGGGCUUUAGAAAUAUACAAGAAAAAGUUGGGGCCGGAUGAUCCUAAUGUUGUGAAAACUCAAAAUAAUUUGGUAAGCGGUUACGGCUAGGAAGUGGGUAGCCUGAAAGUUGUAGCGUCCAAAAGCCUUAACAAAUGUGAGCAUGAGCAUGUCAAACAGCAAAUGGACAUUUUAGUUCAAGACGGUUGUAGGCUUGAAAAUAUGAAAACAAGUAACUGCCUGAAGAAUUGUAGUGUUUUUUGUUUUACUCAUCGAAUUUGAAAUUUAUAUUCAAUACACUUAUUAAUGUGGGUAAAGAAUAUUAAUGUGAAAGUCAGCUGUCAAAUAUUUCAAUGCAAACAAAAAUAUCUAGUAAACCAAUCAAAUUUUUAUAAAUUGAUUUUCAUUUUUAAAAAUGUUGUUAUUUUCUGUGUUGUAUUAAAUGUUAAGUGUACUAUUUAAUGUUAGUUGUUAUUAAUAUCUUUAUUGUUUAAAUGUAUUUAUUAGAAAGGAUCAAGGUUGUUAUAUUAAAAAGCACUCAUUCCAUGUAUUUCGUCAUCACUAAACACUCUAUUAUAGUUAAUUUAGUCAAACUACUGAAAGCAAAGUUAAUUUGGUGAAUAAAGUUUUGUAAAGUACUUUUCUUUGGUGGAUUUUAAAGAUUGAAAGUCCAGGACACCAUUUGUAAAAUAAAUAUAAAAUGUUUAAUUAACAAAAAUAUCCUCUAACAAAAAAAAUGAAAAAUAACAUUUUAAAAAAUUCAAACCGAGAAUUUAACUAGAUGUUAACAUGGUAACUCAUCAACAGCACGGCAGACUUGUUUUAUUUCUUGUCCUUUUUUAAUUCCGAUUUCUUUAAUAUAUGUUAUUAAUAUUAUAAAGGUUUAGUCUAGUCAAGAGUUUGAUUGAUGUUAUUAACUUUGGAUACAUAAAGCAUCCAUGAGUUUAAUUUAUUUUAAGAUUUAAGACAUAAUCCAGUCAAAUUUUUAAUGGUAAUAUUAACAUUCAAAUCUCAGUUUAAUUUAUGUUAAGAUUAAAGACAUAAUCCAGUCAAGAGUUUAAUUUAUAUUAAAUAAAUGUAUCAAAAUAAUGUUAAGUUUAAUUAGCUAAUCCAAUCAAGAGUUAUUAUUUUUACACCAGGCGUCUGCCUAUUUGAAACAAGGAAAAUACAAGCAAGCUGAAGUUUUAUAUAAAGAAGUUUUAACAAGGGCGCAUGAAAAAGAAUUUGGAAAAGUAGAAGGUAUACUGUUACGUUCAACUUAAGUUAAUUAACAUUUUGACCUAUGCUUAAACUUUUAUCACCAAAAAAAAAGUUAAAAGUACUUGUUGGAACUGAGAUUUCUCCUUGAUGCAGGGAAAACUGUCGCAAUUGGGCAAUUGUAAUUUUUGUGUUAUGCAAGGUUUAACAAACCAAUUUACUAUAAACACAUUUUUUAAGAUUAUGUAACAGGACCAUAUUUAUCUGAUAUCUUUGUGUUCCUAUUUAGGUGAAAAUAAACCUAUAUGGAUGAGAGCAGAGGAGAGAGAAGAAAAUAAGGUAACAAUAUUUUAUGAAAGUCUUUUUUGGUACUUUUGUCAACAAUGAGCCCUGGUAAAAAGCCAGCUCUAACAUUUCUCCUACUUUUAAUUAAGGAUUAUUUUUUUGUUGCUUGUGUUGGUUAAUAAAGAAAUUUGCAUUUUGUUGAACUAAUUAAUUUCAUGGUAUGAGAUUGUUGUAGCUAAGACAUUUUUAAAAGAUUCUUAAUUGAUUAACUACCAGAUUGAAAAUCCCGCUGUGGCUGAAUUAAAUCUAGGUCACAUUCUCUCAUUUUAGGUGUAUGUACAAAUUCAGAUGCAGUUUUCUUAAUAAUAAACAUAGUCUAAUGAUUAAUAAACCAUUUUAUAGGUCAUUGAAUUGUUUAUAAGAUUAACGUAAAACAUUUGAAGAUUUGUUAGGAAAUAAUUUAUUAUUAAAUUAGUAUUUACAACAGAAAAACAAUUUAAAAAAAUAUAUAAAUGUGCCAACUUACAUAUAAAUUUGAAAUUUCCAAGUCAUUUAAAGCCUUUUAUUUGGUGGUUUCCAAAUAGUAUAUCCAAUAAUAAUAAAUAUGCACCAAAGAACACAGCAAUUGAAUAAUAUUUACACUUCCAAUCACUUAUAUACCUGUAAACAAGUAGUGCAAUUUUGUAACUAGCUUGGAAAUUAAAUCAAAAUAUAUUAACAGCUCGUUUUUUAAAAACAUUUUGCCGAUACCAUGUUGUUCAAAUAUAAACAUCCAGUCAAUAAAUUAAAAUCUCGAAGCAAAACUGAAACGGAUGAUAUAAAUAUUUGACUCGAUUUACGAUACAAACAUUGGCGCUACCAGGGGCUUGUGGCCAUAACGGAAGAAGCGCCGAGCCGGUCCCACUGGCUCAUGGUAGUUAGCCAGUUAAAGAUUGUAAAAAGGAACAAGUGAACCAUGAUGUUAUGAAUAUUAUAUUUGUUGACAUUCACUACUUUUCAUUGUAAAAUCCUAGAGGGGGUUAAUAGAUUACAAGCAUAUGACUUACAUUUUAAAAGAAGAGGAAUUAGAAGGAGGAAAUUGUUUUGAAAAACUACAAAAUGUUGCUAUAACAGUAAGGCUUGACCAUGUGGGAUAGUACCACAUCCAAAUCACAAUUAACUUUUAUUCAUAGGUUAUAUUUUAUUCAGUUUUAUUGGAACUGUUAUAUAUAUUUAAAAACUUUCUAUCUUGAUUUGUCGUAGGGCAAGAGUAAAGAAGGUGCUCCUCCAUUGCCAGAAUAUGGUGGCUGGCAUAAAAAUGCCAAAGUUGAUAGGUCUGAAUUCGGCAUUUUAUUCAUCGUUAUAAUUUAAUUUUUUAUAUUUCUCUUUUAAAAACAAAAAAAGAAUAGCUUUUUUUUUUUUUUUUUAAAGAAAAAGGGAAAUAAAACUUAAAAUUAGAUGUAUGAAAUGUUUCUUUGUAGCCCACAAGAAAUUCACUGUGGUAAAAGACAAUGGUCAUUUAGAUUUACUGAAGACUCCCAAUUUUUUUUUGUAGGGAAACUUAAAGUUUUUACACAAUAGAAGAAUAGAAAUACUGCUUGAAACGAUAUCGAAGUCCUAGUAAAAUAACAAAGCUGCUUAUAUCGACAGUAGUUGAUAGCAGGUCUUUGUCCUAACCAGCGAGUCUCCCAUUUCUGUCCCCAGCCCAACAGUAACUACAACACUUAAAAACUUGGGUGCUCUCUACCGCAGACAAGGAAAGUAUGAGGCUGCAGAAACCUUAGAGGAAUGUGCUAUGAAGUCCAAGAAAAAUGUGAGUACAGUGUGUUAUCCACAUACCUAGGAAGAGUGUGCACUACUGAAAUUAUGUGAGUACAGUGUAUUAGCAGAUACCAAAGAAGAGUGUGCACUACUGAACUAUCAAGCUCAGCUUUAUUGUAUCAUUCAUUCAUCAUGGCUACUUUUAUUUUGUUGAUCAGUGUAUUUCUUUCAAGAACAUUCAAGCUUUUUUAUUAGCUCUUUUGGAGUGAAGAGACCUUAGGCUUUAUUUCUUUUCAUUAGAUGAAUGCCAAAUAUUUUGUCAAACAUUUUUCUAUUUAAAUUAAAAUCAAGGCCGACAAUUUGAUUUUUUAAAGUUUAAAAAUAAUUAUUUUGUGCAAAGAAAAUUCAAGUAUGUUGAGAAAUGUCUAUUGCCAUAUUUAAUGCAUCCUUUAUCAGUGUAUGGUGGUAUGUGUUAAUCCAUUGAGAUGGCCAAAGCUAUUAAAGGAGCCAUUUUUAAUGGAAGUCUUACAAGUUGGAAGAAUACUCUUGUUGAAAAACAUUGUUUAGUGCUAAAAUAUUGCUCCAGGCAUCUACCAUUCCUAUUAUGAAAUAUUUUAAAUAAUUAAAGGGGAACAGGAUGCUAUUUUAUUUACAGGCAACUUUCAUUUUUAAAAAGUAAUAAAAUAAGUGAAUUUGGACAUUUUAUAAUGGACUGGAAUAAAACAAUUUUAGUCCCUCAUUUUCUUCUAACUUAAAAGUUAUAGAGCAAUCUUACGUUUAAAUUUUAAGGUGAGAAAUUUUUAUAAGUUGUGAUAUAAAAGCCUUAGUUAUCUUUUAUAACAGUGUCUGUAAACUCUUGAAAAUUUUAUGCUUUUUUCACUGAAAACACACAAUUCCUAAAAUUAUAUGGAAGCUUGGAUCAACAUAUAAAUCACAACAGUGCUACUGUUUCAAGUUGCCUGUUAGUACCAAGAUGUUUACAAAAGUGACAUAAAAAUCACGAUUACUGUAAAACUAAGCAGAAUCCAAAACAGCAGUAGUGAAACACCUUGACCUACAACAGUAAAUAGAUUCUAAGCUGCUGAGAGAAAUUGAAGGGACAACAAUGGUUGUUGACAGGCAUUACACACAGCAGAGAAAAUAUAGAAUUUAAUUCAAGCUUUUGAAAUAAGUUCAUUUGACAUUUUUUUAUAUUUGCCAAGUAAAAUAGUUGCUAAGUGUUAUAUUUGUCAAGUGUUAUAGUUGCCAACUGCUCCAUAUAGAGUGUUGAAAAACUAACUGUGUGCUUUUAAAUUUAUGGGUUUUUAUUUUGGGAUUAUUCACAAUUAUUUGAAGGGAACAAGUUUUGUAACAAUGGUGAAAUGUUUUAUAAAGAUUUAUCCCUUUAGCACGACUGCCUUCAACUCCACUCCACUUUGGUGAAUGCUGCGAACAGUCCAUUCACACUCUGAUCUGGUCUUUCAACUUUUAUCUUCAAUUCACUCAGCCAUUGUCAUCACAAUAAAUCAUUGUCUCUUUCUCAAACAUUUUCACAUUCAUUUGUAUGGGAGUAGUAUGCAUUAUUUUUUUGUCUUUAUUUUUUAAUAUAUUUUUUUUGUCUAGAAGUUGAUAUCUUCAAUGUAAAAAUGUAUGUUUAUUUCUUUUACUCCUUGAAGAGAUUUUCUUAGCUGUUUCUAACAUUUCUAAAACAGUUUAGUCUUUAUUUGGCCAUUUUGUCUGAUGGAACUUUACUUUGUGUACAUAAAAUUUGUGUUUUUAAAAGUCAAACGCAACUUUAAAAAUGACAUAAAUUGUCAUUGGUUUUUUUUUUAUUACUCUUUUAUUAAGUUGUAUUGUGAUAGUUAAGGUCUAAAUAAAGGCUUGUUUUGAAUAAAUGAUAAAGUAAUUAAUGUGUUAAGGUCUAAUAUCAAAUCCUUGUUGAAUGUGUGUAUGAUACACCUUGUUCCCUGCACGACAAAACAGCUUACAAUAUGUGUCAUUAUGCAUGAUGUGAAAGGUUAACAAAAUUUGUGUUAUUUUGAAAGAUGAGACUGCAUUGGUUUUGUUUUUUCCCCUGAAAACUUUGAAUCAUAUAAUAACUAUUUGGCAAUCUCUUUUCAUCAUCUUGCAUCAAAUAUUUAUCUCAAUAGUGGGUUAUGUAUAGCUUUCUUGGUUUUUUUAAUACUAACUGCAUCUUGUGCCUAGGCUGUGCCAUCCUUUUGAUUUAACCUUUUGAGUUUAUUUAGCUGCAACUUUGUAUCAGAAUAAUAUGAGGUUUGUGUCUUGGAAGAAGUUUUAAACACUUUCAAUUUGAAAAUAUUAGUUUAGAAUUUUGUGAAACUUGAUACAUAAAAACAUUUUAGUAUUUUUAAAAAGGUACUUUAGGCCAAUAUAAAUUACAAACUAAUCUUAGGAUAUCAUUCCACAUCCCUUCCACUUCAGUUGAUAGAAGUUUUGCAUGUUUUAAAUGUUUGUUUACCGUCUUUGUAAAUCUAAAUUUUAUAACACAGUUCUGAUGCUUGUUUGGCUGGUGUUAUUGUUAUUAAAUGUUAAGUGUAAGAUUCAUCUCUUGCCAAGUUAUAAAUAGAACAUGGCACGCUCAUCAAGAAUCAGAUUCCCUUCCGAUAAAGUUAGGUUUUCUUUCUUUGGUUGCCUCCCCUGGCUAUGUAGGCAUUGACAGCAGGUGGGAAGAUCGGCAAACUGACCACAGAUUUGGGUAUAAACGACACCCCACCUGCCUCCAACCGGGGGCGAGUGCAAGCCCGCAACCCCAACGAUCCCAACGAAAAUGAAGAUGUGAGUAGCGGCAUGUGGCUGGGGGACGGGGUGAGUAUGAGCACUGCCUCCUGACAUGAAAACUUUCCAAUUGCGGCUGAUCAGCCAAAAAUGCUCACAUUUAGGCUUAUUAGGGUUCAUAGCUAUUCCUUGAUUUAUGCUUUUCUCUCCCAAUACAAACAAAAAAGAUGUCAUCCCUUUGCUUUUUCUUUCUUAUUUGGAUACUUAAAUGGACAUUGAUUUAACUGAUUGGAAUUACAAAAUAAAAUUGUUAGAGGAAUUUGUUUAAUUUUUUUAAAAAGUUUUUACCCAUAAAAGAACUAAGGAUAAGCAAUAACUGAGCCAAGUCAUGGUUAAACAGUGAAGAAACUAAUGUGUGAGGAGAGAUUUGAAAAGUUCAUUAAUUAUAUUAUUAUCAUUGGAAAGAUUUCUUAUUGUCCUCUCAGUGAAGAACAGCUAGGACUAUUGUGUUGGCUUAUGCUUAAUGUCAUUCUGCAUGAAUAGACUUUUUUAUUUAUUAUUAGUCUAACCCUGUCUGCACAUGCUCUUUUUUUACCUGUACCCUCUCACAACCAAAAUAAAAAAAGGAGGAGGGGGGGGGGGGGGGGAUUUUUUUUUUUUUUUUUUUUUUGUUUUGUGUUUGCUGUUGUUUGAUAACCUUUAAUACUAAAUUUGUUAAACGAGAUUAAGUUGUGGUUUAUUUUAAAAAGUAAAUAACAGAAUUACUUCCAUUUAUUUGCAGCCCAUAAACUUCCUUCCUACUUGUGGAGUAAAUGCAAUUCUCUGUUAACACUGUUUGUUGUCACUUUUAACCUCUUUCUUGGCACCUUUGUUUUUAUCUCAGACUUGUAAUCAGCAAGUAUAAAUCAGGAGAUAAUCUAAUAAUAUUAAAAUUGUUUCAUAUUUAGUUGGAAACAAAUUAUUACUCCAUUAAUGUUGUACUCAAGUGUAGCAUGUCAGGUGUGGCGGAAAUUUAUUUCAAAAGAACAGAAAUUGCUGGAUCAGUUAGCCAUCCUUUUAUAAAUAGAACUAUGAAAGGAAAUGAAAUUAGUAGCAUGAUUAUUUAGGUGUAAGUUUCAAUACAAGUGAAUAACACCGAUAAUAUGAUCCAAGCAAUAAUUUCAAUAUUAAAAUAAAAUAUAUUAUAUUUACAUUGAUAACUUAUAAAAAGAAAAUUGUGGAAACAGAAAAUUUUAAUAUUUAAUUUUAGAACAAUUUUUUUACACUAAAAUUGUGUUAUUCUUUUAACAAAUUUGUUAAAUCUUUGAAGCCAAUUUUAAAGAAAUUAUUAAUUGUGUUCAAUAAAAGUUCUAUUUAAAGUGUGGCCAUUCGAUGGAAUUAAAUUUAUCUUUUAUUUUAGCUAAAAUGUUUAAAUUUAUCUUAAAUUUGGUUCUAGUAAAUGUAUAAAAAAAUAAAACACAAAUAAUAGAAUUUUAAUUCAACCACAUGUGGGCAUAAAACUUUUUCCAGAACCAGUUUUACAAAUGAAUUUUUUUGAAGGAGAAAGAAAAAUAAAUAAUUUAUAACCGAUUGAUAAAUUUCAUGCAAAGUAUUUAUAAUUAAUAUAAAAACCAAUAAUUUCUAUUGUGACAAUAAUUUUCAAACAUUUGAAGCUCAAAAUCUCUAAAGCAUUUAGAAAUAUUUAGUUUAUCAUUCCUCAGUUGGAAUAUUACAUGCAUAUUAAAUGCUUUGUGUGUUUAGAAUUACAGUAUUGUUGUAUACAUUUUUGUUCUAAUAGCGCCAUUGAUAUGUAGCCUUACAGUAAGGCAAAUAUUAGGGACUGAUUCACUGAGAGUUAUCCUGAGCAUUGGCAGUGCUCAUACAGUAUUUAAUAUAAUAACUCAAUAAUCUGUAUUCUUAAUAUCUUUUCACUUAUUUUAUAUUCUCUUUUCAACAACUUUAUUGUUAACCAUUUCUUUUUUUUUGUUUUAAGGGUACAUGGGACAUUUUAAAAAAAAAUUAUUACACAAAUACUUUUGUGUUUUUUUUUUCGUUUUUUUCUUAAAAUGUGUCAAUCAUUUCUUCAUAUUUUGGUUCAUUUUAAAAAGAUCUUAGAAGGUAUUGAUUGAAUAUAUUUAAACAAGUAUAACUAAAUUUUAAGUAACCUAGAGAUUGUACUAACUUUAACUAAAAGAUAUUGAUUUUUUAUAAUACCGGGUAAUUAUAAAUUGUUAAAUUGGAUAUUUAAAUAAUGUGCAUCAAGAGAAUAGAAUGUAUACCAAAUGUUUAUCUUAACAAGAUAUCCUCCAAAAUGUUAUAUGAUUCCAUACUUUAAAAACAUUUAUCUUUUUAAAGGCGAUAAAAUUUAUAUUAAAGAUUUUAUUUUAAAAUGAUGAAAGUGGGUUGUUAAAAAAAUAUUUAUAUUCAGUGUAAGCAAAUAGAUUCUUGGAAGAGUUAUGUAUUUAGGCUAAAUUUAUUCAUCCCAUGCAGCAACAGCUAUUUUGUUUAAAAUGUGUAAUUAAGAGUACUCUCAAUGCCAGCCUUAUUAUUUGAUUCACCUUUUAUGCUUUUCAUAUUAUAAUUUACAUGGAAUAUCAAAUUUAAUAUCUAUAUAACUUCAUUUUUAUUUUAUUUGAUCACUCUUUCACAUCACAUCUAUCCAAUCAUCAUCCACUUCUCCAUCAAUCCUUCAAUCACAUUGCCCUGUCAUCUUAAUGACCAAUCAGAGUGGAAGGAUGCGUCGCAGUGGCUCAUUCACCAAAUUGAGGGCGUCGUUGAAGCGUAGCAGUGCCAAACUGGUCCAGAAACUGAAAGGGAAAGGGCCCGAAGGGGAUUCUGGUGGAAGGUAUGGGAGGCUGCUUUUAUUUUGUUCUUGCAAUGUUGUAGAGAACUAUUGCACCCUAGCAUUAUUGCUUUCUAGUCUUAACAAAAUUAAGCAUAUAAGUUAUAAAUGAUCCAAAAGCAAUUUCUAUGAUGUUGAAUAAAAUUUCUAGAGAAUUAUUUGCAGUGGAAUAAAUUAUCCAUUUUAUAACUAUGUACAAAUAACAUUGAGUUUAUAGCGCAAUAAGAGAAUAUUAAGCCUUAAUAAUAGCUGAACAUUUGUACAAUCUGUGUGUUUCAUGCAGUAAAUUUGUGAAAAUGAAUGAGGAGAUAAUGUUAGGUCUCAAGCUAAGAAACUUAAUGUACAUUUUUUUUAAUGCUUAUGGGAUUCAUAUAUCUAUAUAGAACUGUUUGAGGAUCUUGUUUUAAAAAUUAAUUAAUAUUAAAUUUAAUUUGUAUUUUCUACUUAACAAACAAUAUUCUUAGUGUAGUAAACUAGGACUAAAAAGCUUUGGUGCAUGUAUCUAAAGCACACUGAUUGUGACCGUAACCUUGACCUCUUAACUCUAGAUGUCAGGACCCCGCCAUAUUAAAUGUUGCUCCAACGUGUAAAAAAAAAAUGCUAGUAAACUUGAUCCAUCAAUUAUUAGUGCUAGAACCAUAUACAUGCACAAUUUUGUAACCAAGAUAUUUGCUACUAGAUUUUUUCCAAAGCAUACAUCACGUGGAAUCUAUGGUUAGAUCAAUAUUAUUGGCUUUGGUUCAACUAGUGCUCCACAAUGGCCUUAAAUAGAUACAAUAAAACCAAGAAACUCAAGGAAGUUAUCAAAAUUACAUUUUGUAGUGGAAUCGAAAAUAAUGUUUUAAUGAACAAUUCAGUUCUCAAUAAAAAAUUAAGCAACAUUUUUUUUAUGUCUACUUGUUGACACUUUCUCUCUAACAGCCUUAAUUGGCAUGUUCGAAGUGUUUACUAUACUGAAAGGUUUGUUACACAUAUAUUAUUUCUCACCCCAUCUUUUUUCCAUGUGAUCCGCAUUCCUUACAGGAAAUAUAAUGCUUUAUCCCGCAAUUUAUAUGAAAUUUAAAACAAAUAUAUUCUAAUUAUUAGAAUAUUACUAAAAAUGUAUAAGAAGUGUUAUAUUAAUAUAGAAAAAUUAAUAUAAAUUGUUCUGACAAUACAUUAUAAUGUUUUUUAAAUUUAAAUCUUCUUGGAACAGAAAAUUAAUUUUUAUCCAUAUCUGUUAAAAAUCUGAAUUAUAUAUCUGAAAUUGAGGCAUUUUAAAACAAAAAAAAUAAUAAUAAUAUUGUCCUAACUUAGACAAUGUUAAGCUAAAGUUUGCUUUUGACCAAUACAAUAUUGACCAAUCAUUUUGAACCCGUUACCAACUCCUUAAACACCAUUUGUCCACUAUCUUUCCACCUUCUUCUGACAGAAACUGGAUAGCCCUGGAAAGGUCAGUGUAAAAGUUCGUGCCACUAGAGAACUGUGACCUUCACCCUAGACACUAUCAUUUGUACACAUCUUUUACGUUCUUGCUUCAGUUUGUUUUACUAACAUUAUUUUUUAUUUUAGUUAGCCGAUGCAAGGCUGCUCCUAUCCUGAUGAAGUUUUAGGAUAGCUCUUUAUUCUCCUUAAACUUUUGUGUUUGUCAACACUAGGAGUAGUAUUUUGUGUGAAAUCUAAUCAAACUUCAUCAGCCCCAUAUAUAUUGCCUAGUAAGGAGUGGGAAGGGGUCUUUUAGAAGUCCAUCUGAGGAUUGUCAUUGUUUUAUUUUUAUUUUCUGGGGUUUGGAUCAAACACUUUAUCAUUUACAUGUUUGAAUUCCUAAUAAUACUACUCAAAGAAAUUAUUUUAUAAUUUUAUAAUUUAAUAGAGAAAUAAGUUGUAAAUACAUAAGUUGGAUAAUUGUUAUCUAGUUGUUUUUAAAAUUAGCCAGGAUACCAAGAAAAUUUUGCCCUCAACAUGAGAUUUGCUUAAUUUGGCAGGACUAAAUUUUUAUGACACAAUGCUUUUCACAAAUUCUUAAAAUUAAUACUACUGAUUAUUUGUCUGGUACUUACUGAAGGUGAAAUUACUUUACAAUGCACAUAUUUGAGUGCAAUUGCUUUACAGUACAGUGCACAUUGAGAAAAUUUCUAACUCACAACAUUUAUGCAAAUAAAUCCAUGGAUUGUAAGAGAGUUUUUUAAUAGUAAAUAGAUGUAUUUCUUUAUACUUUUUAAAAGUAAUGUUUAUAUAUAUAUAUUAUAUUUAGGAGAUUUUUAUUUAUUUUUUACAAAACAUAAAAGUAUUAAGAGUACAUAGAAUCAUUGAGUUGUUUAUUGAUUGAUAGAUAUGUGUAAAUUUUUUAAAGUUCAACUUCAGAUUUUAUAAAAACUCAUUUUUUUUUUACAAAGAUAACCUAUUUUAAACUGAACAAUAAUGAUGCACUUAAUUGUCUGUUUUGAGUUCUUGUGUAUAAAACUGUCAUAUUUUGCCUUUUUUUUUUUAAAUUUGAGGAUUUUGUCCAUAAUGUCUUUUUUCAAACCAUGUGCAUAUUUAUCUACUUCACAAACUUAUCUAUCUACAUGACAAACUAAUCUACUUGAUCAACUACUCAAAUUAGUGAACUAUUUUAACAAAUUUAAAGACAUAACAAUACUUUCACUUUAUAUUAGCUCGCUGUAGGUGCAAAAAAUUGCUUUAAAAAGAGAAUAUUAUAGCUUGUAAGACAUGUUACCAUUUUUUGUAUUUGCUGUUGCUGUAAUCAUGCUUCUUGCUGUAUUGUAAUAUUUACUGCACUGUGCUCACCCAGCUCUAUGGAAGUUAAACUUUGAAACCCACCACCUCAAGUUAUCUUCUCCUUCUAUACUAGAAAGUUUGAUAACUUUUUUUUAAAAAGAUGACUAGAUUCAGAUUGUAUGAUCCUUGUUUAUCUUUCUUGCUUUGCCCUGUUGCUCCAUGAGGGUACAUUUCUGACAUACAUUGUUGUAGAUUUGUAAGCUUGGAAGAAAUGAAUACAUUGAUAGAUGCUGACUCUGCUGGAUCUAUAGGGUUACAGCAAGAAUAAAUUAUGUCACUGUUGUUAAUGUUUCAUUUUGUGCUUUAGUCAAAGUAAGUCUGUUAGGGGAAGGCAUUGAUUUCAUUUUAUAGAGAUCUUUACCUUCAUAGUUGUGCAGGGCUGGACUCGAAAAUGAAUUCAUUUUUGUAUAUAGGUACUCGCUAUAACCCAGCUUGAUAAUUUUGACUGUUAUAAACAAGGUUUUCCCUUGUAUCUAUUUAUGACUUAUAAUCUUAAGGUGAGUCUUGCAUUUAAGUGUGAAUGUUAGAAACAAGGUUUUGUUAUUUUGCAUUCACACAUUUAAGAAGUGUGCAUAAAUUAAAGCAUACAAUUUUAAAUAGGAUUCAUUACAAUAUAGCUCCACUAUUUCUCCCCUUUGUUUCAUAUAUUCAUUUUCUUUUAAAGCUUUAUCGCAGUCCAAAACUCUUAUAUUCAUUUUCUUAAAGAAUCCAGUCAAAAAUUGUACCCAGUAUUAACUCACAUGCACAUUUAGUAAGAACAAACAUUAAACUAAGAGUUUAAAAAAUUUGCUUUAAAAGUAAAAUAAAUUUGUAUGAUUUGAAUAGGAAAUUUUAUGGGAGAAGAAUUUUUACCAAUUUAAAUUCAUAAUUUAGAUGAAGAGAUUUUCUGUGAAAUGUAGAUCUCAUUUGUUCAACAAAAAUAUUUAUAAAAAUACUGGUACAGGUAUUUAUAUUUACAUUGUUGACAUAAGUGGAGACAUACAUUUUUAUCUUCAUUUGUUAUUUCUUUUAAUCUCCUUUAGUAUGAAAAGAGCAAGCUCCUUGUCAGUUCUCAACAUAAUCAGCAGUAAUGAAGACAAGCUACAUGUAAGUCCUUCUAAAGUAAACUGCAUCAUUUUUUGGUACCGGUAUUACAAUUAAUUGAAAGCUUUAAGCCCUUAAUGAUAAUGGGCAUUGUUUUGUUAAUUUGUCGAUCAUUACCACCAUUAUGUAUGUUGAGUUUAUAAAUUAAAUGUAAAUGAGGGCAUUGUUUAAUGUACCUGUACUUUUGUUUUGUUAGUCUUUUGUGUUCCAACAUAAGUAUGACAAUUAUUUGCCUUGUAAUACAAGUUGUGUUUUCUCUUUUCAAUUUUUUUGUUGAAAUCAUUUCUUGCAUACCCUUAUAUUAUCCCCAAAUUUCUAAAAACUUUUUGUCUAUUUUCAUUUUCUUUAGGAAAGUCGUCGUUCAGUUGGAGACUUGAGCAUACAGAGCAGUGGAGACCUUAGUGUACGGGGAAGGACAGCCAGCACUGAACAGUUGUCUGCAAGAUUAGUUUAGCUUGGGCUUUUGUUUAGCUGAAAUUGGUUAUCAUUGUAACUGUGCUGAACACUGAUGAUGAUUUACUUUUAGCUCCCUAAUGCACUUAUUUUCCUCACAUCCUCUCAUCUCAGACUAUAGCAGUUUUAUCUAACGUUUUCUCAAAGUUAGAAUUUUUUACAAAAUGACAUAUAGCUAUAAUGGAUAUCACAAAUAUUAGUAAAGAUUCGCUAGUGGUUUGUUACUUUAUAGGUACCUUAUAUCAUUUCAAGAAUUUGUCAAGUUACAGAGCCUUUCUCUUCUUUGCAUCCUGCUGUAAUGGUUCUUCAUUUACUCUGGUGGAAUACAGUCACCAAAUAAAAAUAUAUCUGUAUAAUAUGAAUACUUAGCUUUUUUCUGUAAAUGAUUUUGCAUAUUGGUAAGUGGUCCCAUUUUAACCCUCAGCAGUCCGACAUACCUUGUGUCAGUACAUUCCCAUCUUAACUCAUUCCCGACGGUUGCGACUAAAUGCGUCCUCGGGGGGUCCCUCCUGAUGCGUCCAAAUGCGUCCCGGCGCAUAGCGACACACCUCUCUUAUUUUUAGUUUAAAAUAGCAAUGAAAUCUCGCACCCCUCGAGACUUCCGGCUAUGGCGUGAUUUCUGGGUGAUUUUAAUUUAGAAACCGGAAGUUUUUAUCUUGUUUCACUUUAAAACUACGUGUGCUUUAGUACGGCGCGUCUAUAUGUACCAUGUGUUCGUCCGAGGUGCCGAAAAUCGAUUUUUUUGGCCAUUGUUCGUUAUUUUUCCCCCGCUAAUGUUAUAUUUAUAUUAAACCUUAUUCAUUUUUUGUUGCAUUUGUUCUUAAUUCAUUAACAUUAAAUAAUAUUUAGCAACUUAAAAAAAUAUUUUAAAAAUAUAAAUCAAUUUCAAAACUGAGUUGCUUCCCUUUUCUCAGGAAAAUAAAUUAAGUCCGGAAGCAGCGCUGCCGGAGGGAAUGAGUUAAAGAACCCAACAUUGAUGUGCUGUAUAAACUAUUGCUUUACCAUGUAAUUUGGUAAUCACUGAGUCAGGAUUGGAUUAGAAGUAAAAUGUGCAUUUUUGGAGGGUUCUCACCUAAAAGAGUACCGGUAGUGAAAUCUAAAAUAAUACAAAAAUUAUCUUUUUGUUUUGGAUUAGUGGGUCAUAUAAAUUUCUUCUUAAUAUGGUUUUAUUUUAAGCUGCCGGUAUGAUUAAAGUGCUUAUUUUAUUAAAAGUGUUUAAAUUUAAACAAAUAUUUAAGCCCCUUUGUUGUAACCUUCAGAGCAGAAUGUGUAGGGUCUGCUCGGACUCCUGUGAGUUAAGAUUCAAUCACUUGCAUCACAACACAUUUAUCAGUAUCAGGCAAUGGAUUCAUUGAGUAUCCAAAUAGGACAAGAACCAUUCAGUUAAAACAAUAGGGAAACCACUCUGCUAGUAGAUAUUUCCAUUUAAAAAAAAAUAAAAAAUCCCAUGUAUAUUUAUUUCGAUGCAUACCUAAUGCUAAUAUUAUUUCCUUGAAUCAACCACUCGGCAAUGUCCAGCAUGAUGAUGAAAGUUUGUGUGACUGAUUGCAAUACUGUAAAUUAUAAAUAUGAUUUUUGCAUUGGCAUUUAGAGCCUACAAUGUUGUUCAGUUUGCUUGAGGUUAUGUUGUAUUUCUAUCACAAAUAUUUUUUUUACCUUCGAUUAAUAAAAAAAUUAUUACCGGUACUGGUAUUUUUGAUGCCUAGUCAACUCAACUAUUAGUGAAGAAUAAUUCUUUUAUUUAGUGAUUUAUCUUAGGUAAUUAAUUGAUGACUAGCAGUUUUACAAAUUUUGGUAUGAGUGUACGUACAUUUGUAAAGUUACAAUUUGUGAUUCAAGAGGUCUCCCGUACACAACCAAUGGUCUUUCAUUCCCCAGAACUGACCGCCUGGUCUGGACAGGACAUCUGUCAAUUCAUGCUUUAAGUCCUUCACAGCUGAUAUCGAUAGAUUCUUACUUUACUGUAGCUGUUUUAAAAGCAACUCUAGUUCAAAUUAACUUGUCUGUUAAAGCAAGACUUGAUAAAUGCUGAUCAAGCAGUAAAUAACAAAAACGCCCUCAUAAAUAAGUACAAAAAAAACACAAUAGAUUUUAUUAUCUCUGUUUUGUAGUUACCUGUUCAUAAAGCUAAGUAGUGUGUAGUGCAUUUUAGGUUUGGCAUAUGGUACUUUAAGAAUGUUAUUUACCGGUCCUUGAUUUGAUACUGAUAUGAGAAGCAUGCUAGAGCUGAACAUUUGUUAAUCUUCUCUUCCUCACACCAAUUUCGCUGUUUCUUGAAGAGAAGUGUUUUCAACUAAAAAUGGCAAUCUCUUUCUGCAUCUUUGAAAUAUCUAGCAAGGCUGGUUUAUUUUAUUUAAUCUUUUAUUUGCUCCGCUUCUUCCUCCAACCAUUUUAUUAUAAUUAAAUUAGGGUCCUUUUUGUUGUUUUUAUUUAAUGGGUUAUCAAAUAAAAGUUAGUUGUCAUUAUCAAAAUUAAAAACCAUUACUAAUUAAUAAAAAUUAUAAAAGUUUUGUUUAAAAAAAUAUUUAAAAAUAGCAGAGCUCCAAAAAUUCUUUAAAAACUUAGUGCCAUCCAAGAAUAACAAAAUAAUUUCUGCAAUCAAACUAUUGCAGGUUUGAGUACUUGAGUACGGUAUCAAGGCAUUUAGAAAUGGAGCAAUAAUAUUGAUACUCAUCAUUCUUUCUUGUUCCUAAGAUCUUAGGGGGAAUUCAUUCAAAAUUUAGUCAUAUUCAUUUCUUUCCUUUCCAGCAGGACUUCUGUAACUUAAAAGUGUCUGUUUUGUUUAGGAAUAAGUCACUUGUCACCAUACCUCAUGAAUGGCUGAAAAUGUGUCUAAAACUAAAAUCUAAGCAGGAUGCACUUUGUGUGCGAUGUGCUGCUAAUGUCAAUGUUUAAAGGCUGUGAUUUUUUUUUUAUUCAUUCUUAUUGUUACUGCUUUGUGUAAAUAUAGGGAAAGUUAUCAUUUUCAUGUUGUAUUUCUAUAAAUGUAAUGGAAUAAUUGAAAGGUGUGCAGUGAGACAGAAACUGCAGAAAGACAUUUUGGCCAAGACUUAUUCACUAAGCAUGUCACAAGCAUUUCAUUUGGUUGAAAAUGUGUGAUUGCAAUUACCCAAACUGUGCUUGUUUUUAUCCUUUUUCCUGUGCACCAAAAGAAAAUAGUCAAUGAAAACAAUCAUAGAACCAUUAUUAUUGUACACAAGGUAUUAAUACAUUUCUUUGACAAGGGCUGAAAGCUGCUUUGUUGCUUAACUUCAUUUUGAACAUCUUUGGUAUAGAAUAUUUUUAGACAAUUAAUUUAAAUACAUUUGGUUAAACAAAGUUAGGAAAAAGCCAGGCAUUCUUUAUUUUAUAAUGUGAAAAUGAGAUUAGCUUAUGCAUUACUUAAAUUUAAAUGAACGUGCUUUCGAGUGGCCUUAUUUUUGUCGGAUCCUAUCAUUGCCAGUUAACGUUAAAUGUUUUGUAAUGACUACAGGAGAUAGCUUCGAGUCAGCAUCUCAUUGCAAUAUCUUUAAUAAUCCCCAUUACCAUUCCAUCAAUCAAUUGGCUCUAAGUGUUACCAGUAUAUAGCUUUUUUUUUUAUUAUGAGCUUUGAUAUGUGGAAACAUGGUACAUCCACCUUUAAUUUUACCAGUUCCAAAGAUAGAUAGAACCAUGACAAUUAAUGUUAUGAAACAAUGGUCUUAUUAAAAAACAAUGAUUUCCAAUAAAACUUUGGAUUUAAAGAAUAACAGCUCCAUGGCUUACCAUCACCAUUUUGAUUUCUUUUAAAUUUCAAAUUUGCUUUUCUCAAUUUAUGUGAUUGUGUUGAGUAUUUGCUGCAGUUUAAUAUACAAGCCCUGCUUGAUUCAGUUAUUACCACUCCACACCAUUGCAUUUGGUUCUUGUAAUUGUACAAAUGGUAGGCGUUUUUACUGCAUUACUGCUUUUGAAAAGCAAAGGUGUUUGUCUAUGUUAUGAAAAUGAUAAAGAUUAAAUAAACUGAAUUGUUUUGGGUUUUUUUGUGAGCACUUUUUUGCAAAUUUAAAAAAAUAAUAACAUGAAGGGAGUAAUAUUAAAAUUAGAUUGUUAAUAAAUACGGUAUAAUUAAAAGAUGGCUUUAACCCUCUCACUAACAACAUUCAAAUAAUAAACUGUAGUCUUUGUCUUAAGUAAUUUUUUAAAAAUUAUCUAAAGCAAACCUAAACAAAAUAAUUAGCAAAGAUAAGUAGAAAGAAGCAUCUUUUUUAAUGAAGUCAAGUUAUUGUAUGUUGCAUUUAUUGUAUUAAAUUAUGUUAGUAUAUUGUAGUGUUAUUCUUGCCUGGGUCUGCUAUAAUAGAAAUAACUAAUUGUUGCACAAAACAUUCUCCAAAAUUAUAGUAUCCUUUCAGUGCUAAUAUUUACAAAUAUAUGUACAUGGAAUAUAAUUGCAGAUAUGGUUUCUGUAAUCUGGGUUCAUGUAAAGUGGAUACUUUUUUUUUUUUUUUAAAGAAAAAAAAAACACCUUUUGUU